AUGGAAAGUUUACAAAAUGCAGAGGUAGGUUCAAGAAUCGGUCUCGUUGAAAGCAUAGUCCUAGCAGUGCUUGAAGUUUUGAGAAACCUGAUUAAAAAUGGCUCAGAAAAUUUCCCUGUUCUUGAUCCUAUAUUAGUGGAAAAUAUUCAUUUAAACGAGAGUACUUUAAAUUUGCCGAACUCUCACAUCACUAUCGACGAUUUGACAAUAAGUGAUAUUAGCACCUUUGAGAUGGAAGAGAUCAAGUUUUCCAUGGCGUCUUUGUUGCUUCAGAGAUAUAAAUUGGACUUCAAUUUAGUAAUCCCAGUUGUAAAUGUCAAUACGAGUAGCUACGAUUUGUCAUUAAGAGUAUUUGGUGGUGAUGUUUAUGGAAAAGGAGACAUGAAACUACAGAUCAUAAAACCAAGGGUACAUGGUUACUUCGUAAUUGGAUUUAGAACAAGUGAGGGUGGUAUUUUCAUAGUCUUGCACGAAUGCAAAAUCAAAAUUGGAUUGGAUUCUUUUGAGGAUGAAAAAGCCUAUCUUAUGUGCUAUUCCAGAGUAUAA